GACUGAGCAAUACGAACCCUUGCAAAACCCGGAAGAGAAAGAGAGCGAUGCAGGUACUAAAAAAUACUUUAAUAGUCGAUUAUAAAUACAUUAUUUUACCAUAUUUAUGUAAAAAUAAUGAGUAAAUAUGUUCCACGUUUGAGAUUUUAAAAAAGAAUGUGGACAGGAAAUGGGAGUACGUCAGGGAACCAGAGAAACAACAACCCAACCUUCGGACAAAAUCAGCCUGAGGCAACUAAAAGGUCUUAAACACAGUGAGAAAAUCCUACAACAGGAAAGGGGUCAUCCGGCCCCUUAAGAAAAACACUAGCUAUAGUAACAGAUUAUCAAUUGCCAUCUAUGAAUAUUCAUGAAUUAGUAUUGCUAUAUGACAUAAUUUCACAUUAUGACAAAAUACAUGUCGGCAUUUUUCAGUUUGUAAAUACGUAAUGCUAAAGCAAUAACUUCAUCUUCUAGAAUUAUAUAUAAGUUCUAUGACGAUUCCAUAUCAAAAUUAGUGUUACGGUUAAAUUAUUGUACGCUCGAACCAGAAAUACACAUUAUUGCAUAAUUUCAAAAUGAUAUGAAAAGGUAUCAAUAACCAUAAAAAGGUUUGCUCUAUGAUUCAUAUUGACCAAAUUAUCAGAAUGUCAAUAAAACACACUUUCACACCGGACUCAGAAAAAAAGGAAUAAAAAGCGAAAUGAAGAAAGAAAUAUUUGCAAUUUUAAUUCAACACGGUACAUUAGUACUCUUCCUAUUAUCAAUUUCGAUAAAAAGCAGUUUAACCUUUAAAAAAAAUAUUAAAACGUUUUCGGAAGGAAAAAACAAAUGAAAGGAAACGACAUGAGCCAAAACAAAAUUGUAACUUACAUCAUCAAAAUGUUGAUGAUUGACGUAAGUGGUGUUAGAUAAGAAGAAAAGGACAAUCUCUUUUGUCAAGAUAAAGAUUGAGUUUACAAGAAGCUAUUAAAAUGAGGUUAUUGGUUGCUGUAAUUUUAAUCUCUGUCUGCUUUACAGGGAAAGAAGGCAUCUAUCAAGCUUCCACAACUGAACACGUCAAUCAACGUAAAUAUGGUGGUGGUUUAACAGAGACUGGAGAUCGUAAAUGUAUACCAUUCAUGGACUGUGGCUUUUCUAUUGAUAAGUGUCCACCUUUCUGUCAGAGGAAAGGUUGCAAUGGAGCACAGUCAAGAUGUGCUGGAUACACUCUAUGCUGCUGUACAGGAUGCAGUCGUGGAAAUGACAGUUGAAUCCAUUGAAGUUCGAUAUGAGCCAAGGCUCCGUCUUGAAGACCGUACUUUGACCUAUAACGGUUUACCUUUACAAAUUGUGACUUGGAUAGAGAAUUGUCUCAUUGGCACUCAUAUCACAUCUUCUUAUAUAAUAUAUCUAUGUAAUGUUGUGUCUAAUAAAAAUGUAAAUGAGA